AAAACCUUUUCUCUCUAAUUUCUUUGAUUGUGGAUUAGGAGAGAGGGAAGAGAGAACCAUGGGGAGAGCUCCUUGCUGUGACAAAGCCAGUGUCAAGAAAGGCCCAUGGUCGACUGAAGAAGACACCAAGCUCAAGUCUUACAUUGAGCAACAUGGAACUGGUGGGAACUGGAUUGCUUUGCCUCAAAAAAUUGGCCUAAAGAGAUGUGGAAAAAGUUGUCGAUUGAGAUGGCUAAAUUAUCUCCGUCCGAACAUCAAGCAUGGAGGUUUCUCCGAAGAAGAAGAUAGAAUCAUUUGUAGUCUCUAUCUUAGCAUUGGAAGCAGGUGGUCUAUAAUUGCAGCACAGUUACCAGGAAGAACGGAUAACGACAUAAAGAACUACUGGAACACGAGGUUGAAGAAGAAGCUAUUUGGGAAGCAAAGGAAAGAGCAGCAACAACAACAACAGGCAUCUCGUCGAGGAAACGCCCUAAGGCAUCACGGGACGGUGAAUAAAAGCAAUAGCACCAUUCCUUAUUGGCCUCAGCAGCAGCAGCAGCUCCCAGUGGCACCAAGCUACUAUAACAACAACAACAACAUGGCAUCAUCUGACCAUAUCAACCCAAUUGAGAAAUUGAGCAAAUUUGGAGCUCAAUUUAUGGACGAAAGUGUGUACAACAACAAUGCAAAUGGGUAUGGAAAUGCGUAUUAUUUUCCAUUGCUUCAAGGGCAAAGCAGCACCCAAAUGGUGGAUCUUGAGAAUUAUGACAUGGGGUUUGAUGAUCCAAGAAGGGUUUUGUGUGGAUUUGAGUUUGUGUAUGGAGAUCAUCAUAAUCAGAUAAUGGGUACUAGUAAUAGCCAUGGCUAUGAAAUGGGGCCUCUUAUUUCUUCUUGCCCUUCAAAUUACGAAGCAAUGCUGCAAGAUUUGUCAACCACGACUCAAGAAUAUGAUACUCACUUGAAGAUAUUGGAUAGCAAUGCAGUAUGAUCCAUGGUGGGCGUAAUGUAAAGUAAUAAAAAUGGACUCUUUUUGGCCGUAGUGAUUUGGAGGGUGACAAUAAGAAUAUAA